AUGAAGUUCCUUCAGAGACCAAAGGAGCACCAAGAUGAGCUACCGGUGGAUGACUCUGCUCGACAACAGACCAAGAAGAGUCGCAAGCAGCUGCAGGAAGAAGAAGUGUCCACUUACUUUGUGAAGAAACCAACAUCGGGACAACCAGCUAUCGCCUCACGGCAAAGCCGACCGCCGACUCAGGCGGAGCCACACAACAGAAAGAGCAAUUCCCCUGACCAUGGUUCUCACCGAGUACGAGGUCAAUCACAAGAAGCACCGAAAGCUGCGGUGGAGCUCACCGAAAAGGCAUUUCUAGGGUUUGGUAGUCGAGGGCCAGCACCAGAGAAGAGCGGCGGUGCGCAAGCAACAAGCAACAGCUACUUCACAUGGUCAGAGUCAGUAGCACCGGAUCAGCUUGGGCAACAGCAACGAAAGCCGUCGCAACGCCCUACUGCACCAAAACGCACGAGAUCUGACGGAUUUCCCGGUGCGCCAUCAUCCCGUCAACAAAAGCACAGACGUCGGGGCAGUAAAGUCGAGAAUGAAGAGGCACAUGGUCAGACUCCGGCUGCAGGUCGUUGGUUGCAGACCAAGCGAGCGAAGGGACCGAGCCUUGUGGAAGUAUACCAGCCUGUCACUGCUGUUCGGCCUGGAGUUGGUGAGGAAGAGCUCUUGGACGAGACCGGAUACUCCCCCCGGCUGCCGAAAACUGCUGUCCCGGAGGAUGCCCAGUCUGUGGCCCGCAGCAGUCAGCGCGAGCCUCCGAGCAAUCACACAUCUGACAUAUUAAGGAUUCGGAACAGGUAUCGCGCAGUGGAACGCUCGCCCUCCCUUGCGACACUGCCCCAAAGAUCAGAAGUCAACGAUGGCAAAGAGAACGUCGACUCGUCCACAUCGACUCCAACAAGCAAACUAUUGCGGCAUGCCUUUGGGGCGGUUACGCACCCGGACAUUGUAUCUGAUGGACGAAUGGUGCAAACCGGUCAUCAUUCCAGCAAGACGCCUGCGACCACUGGGCACUAUUUUGGCCCUUCUGAUCAUGUGGUGCCUGGCAUUGGACCCGGAAAGGGACAAACUCAAGAGCCACGUGGUUCCACUUUGCCCGAAAGAGGGCCCAGCCGCUCCAGAGAAGUUCUGCGGCAUCAAGGCAGUAGGUCGCUCCGCCAGAUCCUAUUCAUUAGUAACGACACUUGGCGCUCUCGCCAGCCAGUUGCGCAAAGUACCUGGCAGCGUCCCGGAGAGAAUGAAAACUUGGCAGAGACGCGACGAGCAUCAUCCUACCCGGCUCAGAGACAUUUCACGUACGCGAACGGGCGGCAAGCGGAGGAACUUGUGCGGCAACUUGCCUCUGAUCACGAGCAAGGCUUGCCACUCCGUUCGAGUGAGCUACUCGACAGCGUCUCAGGUCCUGGCGAGUACGAUGCCACAGACCUAAAUCAACGCGGCGAUGAUUUCUCGUAUCAUGGACGCGAGCAAGUCGAGGGCUAUAUGGCAGAAUUUCCCUCGGUCCGCGCCGAAUCGAUUGAUGAGCGACCUGGCAGCGAUAGAGGCGUGAGGAAUGGAAGUAGGGCUGCGGUUGAUAUGCCCAACUUUUGGAGGCCCAACGUGUUGUACUGA